UCCCGGACCUCGCCUCGGCCCAGCGCACGGCCUUUGCGCGCCCAUGGCCGGCUCGGAGCAGCAGCGGCCGCGGCGGCGGGACGACGGAGACUCGGCCGCGGCGGCCGCGCCCCUGCAGGACGCGGAGCUGGCCCUGGCCGGCAUCAACAUGCUGCUCAACAACGGCUUCAGGGAGUCGGACCAGCUUUUCAAACAAUACAG